UGUCGUUGCGGCGUCAGAUGAACUUAGCUGUUCGUCCUUGUGAUUAAAAAUAUUUAUAUAUCUUUUGAAUAAUUAUUGAAGAAUUUCUCAAUAUUGUUGUAGUGAUCAAGGAUAUCAAAUUUUGAACUGGAUUUCCAUAGGAUUGAUCUUGAUUGUUUAAAUUGCAGUUUAAAUUUGUUAAUAUGAAUAACCUGAAAAUGGUUUCACCUACUGCUCCGAGAAAAACAAAAAUUUUUGUUGGGAGAUUACCGGAAAAUUGUCGAAGUGAUGAGCUUCGAAGUUUAUUCGUACGAUUCGGGGAAGUCACUGAGUGUGAUGUCAUGAAGCGUUAUGGUUUUGUACAUAUGGCUCGAGAAGAAGAUGCUGCUGAAGCUAUUAAAAAUCUUCACAAUACAGCAUUCAAAGGUGCAACGAUUAACGUAGAGCAAUCCACUGGCAAGUCUCGUACCCGACGUGACGAUGUAGGAGGUAGACGUCCAGGACCUAUGCGUGGAGGCAGAGGAGGACGAGAUGGAGGACGUGAUACUCGUCCUGGUCCAUAUAAUGACAGAAGAGUAAUGACAGUACACAACAUGGGUUAUGAAGGUCAAGCAGGAGGUGGUGGAAGUGGUGGUUAUGGUGAAUACAACCGUGGAGGAGGUGACUUUGGUGGCAGAGGUGACUUUGGAGGUGGUUAUAAUGAUAGAGGAGGAUAUGGUCAGAAUAUGGGAAGUGGUAACAUGGGAUAUCAAGGACAAACAACUAUGGGUGGAUAUGGACCUGCUGGAGGUUCUGUGAGUGGUUAUGGACCAGCUGGGGGCAUGGACUACAGUAGAAAUGAUUAUGGUCGGUCUACUGAAUUUGGUGGUAGAGCAGAUUACGGUAAUCGAGGAGAUUUUCCAAGUGGGGGAAUGGCAGCUGAAUUUAAUAGACCCACUCAAGGACCAGUUGACUAUGGACGUACAGAAAAUUUUGGAACUGGUAGAACAGAUGCUUAUGCAGCAAGAGCCGAUUAUGAUCGUCCAGCAACUGGCCCCAUAAGAAACGGAAGCAGUGGAGUUGCUGCUGGAGCAUACGGUGCUGGUUAUGGUGAUGUUGGACCAUUAAGUGGAGCACCCAGUUACAAUUCAGGCGGGUCAAAUUAUAAUGCUGGUCCUGGUCCACAAGCUGAUAUGUUUAGCAGAAGAACUGGAGGAACUGUUCCAUCUACUGGGGGAUAUCCUGUUGGAGGAGGAUACACGGAAGGUUACGACAGAGUAGAUCCCUAUGGACCUCCACGAGGAGGCGGACGCUUCCCAGGCCCGGCAGACGCGAUGCCUCCAAGGUACUAAUUAAAUUUGAGUACCUGCGAACCGAAGCGAACUGUAACUCAUGCAAACUGACGAACACUCGAGUUUGCCUAAAAAAUAACUAAAUGUUAAGAGCGAAUUCAUACCUACGUUUAAAAUAAACCCAUUCUGAACUCAAAUUAUUUUUUAGUAAAUAAAAUAUUUUGGCUCGUGUAUAAGUUUGUAUGCUUACCAUAAAACUUUUGAUUGACUAAUUAAGAAGAUGGACAUACAUUUCCCAAAAAUGUAUAACAAAUUUUAAAGAAGAAAAAUACGUAAAAAUACGUUAAGUCAUCGUAGCUUUGAUAGCAUUUUUUCAAAAUGAAUGAACCGUUUGAAGGGAACGGAAAUGAAUUUUCGAAAAAUUCUUUGCAACGUGGCCUUGCCAUCUUCUUCAAGUCUCUCAAAAGGAUAUGUCUUAAAUGGAAAAAUAGUUAUAAAUGUGCAAACUAUAAAUUAUAGCACAUGGAAUUGAGUAAUUGAAA